GUGCAGUCAGAGACAUGAUGAAGGCUGAGGGGCUGCUGAGGCUCCUGCUGUGGCUGUGUGCUGCACUGGAGCAGCUGAAGAGGGUGUGCGGGGUCCGGCAUAGCGUGCACUGGAACAGCACCAACCCCAGGUUCCUGAAGGACUACACGGUGCAGGUUGAGAUCAACGACUACCUGGACGUCUACUGCCCGCACUAUGACAGCCGAGUCCCCGAGGAGCACACGGAGAGCUUUGUCCUCUACAUGGUGGACCGCGACGCCUACGAUGGCUGCUACCAGGCGCCCCGCGCCAACAAGCGCUGGGAGUGUAACCGCCCCCACGCACCCAUGGGGCCGAUCAAAUUCUCUGAGAAGAUCCAGAAGUUCACCCCGUUCUCGCUGGGCUACGAGUUCCAAGCUGGGAAGGACUAUUAUUAUAUUUCCAUCCCAAUCUACUCCCCCAGACUCCCACUCAUGCCUGUCUGUAUUUCCCCAGCUGUGCGGCCGCUGACGGAGGUCCCGAAGUCUCAGCCCAGAGGAGGCUCCCCUGGCGGGGGAGGGAGGCUGCCCUCUCAAGGAGCAGACCGAAGCUCCUCCUUCCAGGUCCACGUCUCUCCGCUCCUCGUCACGCUGUGCCUCUUCCUCCUCGUCUGCUUCUGA